AUGAAAAUUUUCAGGGCCUGUCCUAUUUUGACGGCUGCACUUGCUGUGAGAUUUGAAUUCGGGGGACAAGGUUACAAUCAGCUCGACGCUAAGGCAAGAUGCGAGGAGCGUGGUGGCACACUGCCCUAUUUCAACAACGAAGCCGAAUACGAGCAAUACCUGGAAGCCUACUACGAGGACAGUCCAAAGUGGAACAGACGAGUUUGGCUUGGCUACGAGCGAGUUCCUGGAACUGAUACGUUCGUAGCUCCAAACGGCCAAACGGAGAAUUUAUUCUUCGAUUGGCAUUCGGGCGAGCCAAAUAAUGCAAACUACAACGGAGGAACGCAUAUUAACCCAACCUUCGCACCUCCGAAAGACCCCGAUGCACCUUGGGGGACCAAAAAGCAAAGAAAUAAAUGGCCAAAGGGGGAGAAUUGCGUUGAAAUUUCUUCUUGGGGCCGCAAUAAAAGAGGCAUGGGAACCUACAAGAUGAACGACAACAACUGUAGAAGACCCCGCUACUUUCUCUGCAGAUUCGAAGACGAAGUUUAA